CCGUAACACUCACUGCCCUGUCAACAGCUCCUGGAAUGAUGUUCGGGUGAAUUUUGCAACACGUGCCUCAUUUGUUCCAGUCACUGCCUUCUAUAGUGUAAGUCAAUAGGGUAACCCAAUCCGACCCUCCUCCCUAGAACCCCACCACGCGACGUGUUCGUCCCUCCAGCCAAACCAACCCCACGUCAUGCUUCCACUCCCCUCCAUUCAUUCACCCUACCUUGCCCAAACAUCACCACGCGCACCUCACAAUCAUGUCCACCGCCAUCCAGACCGAAGCAGGGGACACAUUCCCCUUCCCAAAGGACUACUCCUUCCCCGCCUUCUUCACCCGCCAGCCCAACCUCCAAACCCACCACGCCCAGCUCGAAAAGUGGUCCGCCCUCGUCCUCGCCUACGCCCGCCACCACCGCCUCUUCCGCCUCUCGCCCACCCACCCCGUCUUUCACAACAAGAAGCUCGACAGGCGCUUCGCCGAGCCCGACGCCCGCGAGCUGCUCGAGCACAUGCGCAAGGACGGUCGCGUCGAGUGGGUCGGUAACGAGGUCUUUGUCUACUGGCGCAAGCCAGAGGACUGGGCCCGCAAGCUCGAGAAGUGGGUGGAGGACACGGCCCAAAAGGGUCAUGUCCUGACCCUCUACGAGAUCACAGAGGGCGAGGCCACGCUCGGCACCGAAUUUCACGGCAUGGACGGCGAGGUGCUUCUCAAAGCGCUCAACCACCUCGUCAAACGCGGACGCGCGCAGAUAUUCGGUCAGGACGAUUCGCUCGGUGUCAAAUUCUUCUGAGCGCGUUGGAUGCUUCAUGUGACAUUGCUACUGGACAUAUAUAUACAUG